AUGUCAUCAUUCAAUCCAUCCAUAACUAAUUUGGGUCAUUCGACGGAUCAAGGCCUGAUCGGAGAACUCAACGAAAUGGAGUUCAACCUCAACUCCGUCCUUUAUAAUCCUACUGUUGGUUCCGGACCGACGCAGACCUCACCAAACGACUCAGACCCCGCUCAUUCCUCUACCACUAACGACGCAUCCAAGGAUUCUUCGCCUCGGGAUAUCGGCAACGUAACUCCCUCAGAACCUCGACAGAAUCCUCGAAGUUGUGUGACCUGCCGCCGCCGGAAGAUACGAUGCAAUAAACUUCAGCCUUGCUCGAACUGCACAAAGGCCAAGGUCGAAUGUGUCUUUCCCAAGCCUGGUAGGGCUCCGAGAAAGUCGAAGAAGGCGACGGAAGCUGACUUGCUUGCGCGACUCAAGACUCUCGAGUCUAUUGUCAGAAAUAUUGGGAAAUCGACGGCGGAGGAGGCGAGUUCCACUGAAGCGAAGAAAGAUGCAAACGUCAACAGUGAAUUGGGUGUCGAUAUUUUUACAAGCCGUUCUCCCAAGGAUAUAGAGUUAGAUUCUGUGGAUGAGGAGAUGGGAAGGCUUGUCAUUAACGAUGACAAGAGUCGAUAUGUCAGUCAUCGUUUCUGGACAAGAUUCGGAGAUGAGAUUGAGGAAUUGAAGGAUAUGAUCGACUGUCCAACGUCGGAAGAAGAAGAUGAUCCCUCCUCCGGAGAUUCUAAAUCUGGGUCGUCACAAUGGACUCGUCACGAUGGAUUUAUAUUCGGCUUUUGGUCCGUAACACACAGCCUACGCGGCUUCCACUUACCACCAGAACGGUUCGAUAUUAUGUGGGAGACAUAUCUUGAGAAUGUGGCCCCAGUCGUGCCCAUCUUCCACCGUCCAACCUUGAAGACUAUGCUACGAAAUGCUGUCUCUAAUCUAGACUCGGUAAAUAAGAAUACCGAAGCACUACUGUUGACAGUAUACUAUACCACCAUAGCAAGUAUGACACCCGAACAGUGUCUAUCUCAACUUGGCGAGGAUCGUGAUGCUGCUCUAAACCGGUUUCGAUUUGCUGUCGAACAAGCUUUAGCUAGAGCAAAUUUGCUAAGCACGCGCAGCUUGGUUCUCCUUCAAAGCCUUGUUCUAUUUCUGAUUUGCGUGCGUCAAAGUGGUGAUCCUCGCUACAUUCUAUCGUUGGCGUCACUCGCUAUUCAGAUAGGUCGGGCAAUCGGUCUCCAUCGUGAUGGAACUGCGUUUGAUCAUGGAUGUGAUCCUGUGAUACAUGAAGCCUCGUAUGACACUCUUCCACCGCUAAAUAUCAACGACGAAGACAUCUCUCCGGAUUCGAAAGAAUUCCCGAAAGAGAGAGUUGGAUGUACAGACAUGACCUUUCUUUUGUUCCGUGGGGAUAUAAAUAUGCUUGCAAGGAGGCUUACCCACGUACCCCCCAGCAAUACUUGCAAAAAAUUCAUUGCGUCGUUUUCUCAGAAAGAGCGCGAGGAAAUGGUGGAAAAUCUCAGCAAACGCCUUGAAGAAAAAUAUGUACGGCAUUGUGACGUCAGCAUUCCCAUUCAAUGGGUCUGUGGAGCACUGUCGCGCCUGGUUGUGGCAAGUUUGCUGCUUAUGAUUCACCAUCCGAUGACAAGGGACGAUGCAGAGGGUUCUGUUCCUGCAGUAGAAACAGAAAAUCGGUUAUUUCUAUCCGCGAUCGAAAUUAUUGAGUUUUCACUUCUCCUGGAGACAAAUUCUAAUACAUCCAAGUGGAGCUGGUUCUUCCGCGCACAUACGCAGUGGCACGCCAUUGCGUACGUCCUGUCUAAUCUAUGCGUACGGCGGGCGUGUCCCGUCGUCGAACGGGCCUGGCGAGCCGUCAACGCAGCUUAUAAGAUGUCGGAAAUGAAAGGCCAGCAAAAGGGCAUGCUUUGGCCUGGGAUUCGCAAGCUCAUGGCUCGCGCUCUGCGCUAUCGAGAAAUGCAGCUGCAGCAACUCACAGCACAGUAUGGGACCGGCGAGCCUUGCUGUAACGGUUUACAGCCGCCCAAUGAUAGUGUGGUGUCGCAGACCCUGACACCAGGCACGUAUAUGUCACAGCAACCACACCCUCCAAGCACGAGCGCUGCUCUCCCAAUGGAGACCGAGCCAAGUUCCAACAUGAAUGCCGAAAGCUAUGAUAUUGGCUCUAUAGACGCAUCGGGAUUAUCCUGGCCGUCCUUACCUCAGGAUAACCUGUAUGGCGCAGAUAUUUCCAGCAUCAACCAUUCCAUCGCCUCUCCGCCGCCAUCUUGGGAUGAAUGGAAUCGAGUUGUGCGCGAAUUCCAACUUGACAUCAGGAACGAUGACCUGGCAACGCUGGGCCAAGUUCCGAUUUGGUUUGAAUGAUUUUAGCCCAUUUUAUGACUCUCAAUUUGAUGACUGUACGGAGUAUUUUUAUUUAUUUAUUAUUUUAUUUUAUUGUGAAGCCUAUUAGUUUAGAGCUGUAUUUGUCCAAUGGAGGAGCUCUCUGCGAUG